AUGUUGGUUAAAGUAAAGAUCAGGAGGGAGAAUAAACUGCGGAUCCAGAAUGGCUGGCUGUGCCACCUGGCCCCAGAAAUCAUCCGCCAGCUCUCGCCUGAUACGGAAGAGGACAAGCUGCCCUUCUCCAAGCACUCGGAUGUUUUUGCACUUGGCACUAUCUGGUAUGAGCUGCAUGCACGGGAGUGGCCUUUCAAGACGCAACCAGCAGAGGCAAUAAUAUGGCAAGUGGGCAGAGGGAUGAAGCCCAACCUCAGCCAGAUCGGCAUGGGCAAAGAAAUAUCGGACAUCCUUCUCUUCUGUUGGGCGUAUGAACAGGAGGAGAGACCCACCUUCACCAAGCUCAUGGAGAUGCUGGAGAAACUGCCAAAGCGGAACCGUCGCCUUUCCCACCCUGGUCACUUCUGGAAGUCAGCAGAGCUGUGACAGAUGGAGUGAAGGGAUGGUGCCUUUCUCAGCCCUUCAGUUCUCCUCCUCCCCUUCCUCUCUCUUUCCUCCAUGCACUGAAGAAGACCAGAGGGUACUAUGGACUGGGAACAUGAAAAGAAUAAAGACGCCUCUCCAUCCUCAGAUGUUAUGCUAACUUCCUCUCCAGAAUGAAUGUCAAGCUUGCGCUGGCCAGGGGCUAUGCAGGAUUUGCUGUGAUGACCUCAAAUGGCUUCUAAGGGCAAAAAGUCUGGAGAACCAACAGGUUGGAAAGUCUCAUCACUUGAGUGCUCCAUAGACUUUCCAAGGGGCCUGUCCUCCUGCAUCUGCUCCAGCAAAGGCUAUGAAUAAGGGAUGUGAGAAGGUUAUAUGCGUGCGUAUAUAUGCGCAUGGUUGAUCUUUCAAUAUUUUCCCUACCGAUUCCCACUGAGCAGGGAGAAAAUGAACAAGCAAACAGCUUCAUUUCAACACGAUAGAUUUUUUGAUCCCAAUCUGUGUGGUCAUGGCUAAUCUGGUUCAUUUUCAGGGGUUGGUUUUCUUUCUCUCUUAUUUCCCUUUGUGCUUUUAAAAAAAAAGAGAAAUGUUGCUGAUUCAUCAGUUUAUUACUUGAGCCUGUGCCUGCCUGUGGAGGGUGUGGGACUUUCGCUGCUAUCAGCUGACUCCUGCAGGGCAGUGCUUCUGCAGAGAUGGCGUUCCCAGAGCCCUGCUCCCACAGUUCUCUCCAGAACCUUAAUGGACAUCUGUGACCUUUCACAAGUGGCUUCUCUACCUCCCAGCUAUAGCCAUUUACUCUCACCCCCUCCAUGUCUCCCUCUCAGCAUGGAGCCUAUCCAUAUUCAUUUUUCUUUUAGCAUUUUGCACUGUCUUGUAUCUAAUCAGCAUUUUUUUCUUAGCUUCUCUGUGCUGCAGCUUUCCAAGCUCAGUCCUUCCCUCUUUCUGUUACCCAAGUAAAGUUAUAUGUGCAGCAGCGUGUUUCUUUCAGACACUGUGCCCAUCUGACUAGGUGGACCCAUGCAAAUCAGACAGGUAGCCAUGUGGCCAUACUCAAACAAUACUAAGGGGUUGCACUCUGGUCAAAAGUGUGCCUGCCCUGCUUCUGAAACAAACCCAGAAUGCACUCUGUUUGUGUGUGUAUGUGUCCAUGUUUUAGAUAUUUAUAUAAGGAGAAGACCGAGGGGAGAUAUGAUAACAGUCUUCAAAUACCUAAAGGGAGAUUAUAAAGAGGAUAGAGAGAGCCUUUUCUCUGCGGCUGUAUGGGACAGGACUAGGAGCAAUGGCCGGAAGCUGCAACAGAAGAAAUAUAGGUUGGAGAUUAGAACGAACUUUGACUCUGAAGGUGAUCAGCCGUUGGAACUGGCCACCUAGAGAAAUUGUAGAUUCUCCACCCCUGGAAGUUUUCAAGAGGAGGUCAGACAGAUGCUUGCCUGGAAUGGUUCAGUCAGGGAUGAACCUAUCUUGAGCAGAGGGCUGAACUAGAUGACCUCAUGACGUCCCUUCCAGCCCUACUUUCCUACGAUCCUGUUUAUUAAAACGCGCUCGUGAAGCCCUCAGCUAUCCAAGCAUAAGCUGUCUGUAGUUAGAAAGAAACUUUUCUUGCAGGUAAAUUAUUCCACAGUUGUCCACUGUGGGGUUUUUGCAUCUUCUUCCAAUACAUCUGGCACUAGCCACUCUCUGUGAAGAUGCUGGAUUAGAUGGGGAUCAGGUCUGGUCUGCACGAGUGCUUCUUAUGCUGCUUUCCCCUCCCCCCAACUCCAUUUGUUUUCUUGGUGGAUGGGAUGGCUUAAUGUUUGGUACUGGAGGGCUAAACCUGUAAUUCCAGUUCAGUGCUACCUGGGCUAUCAGUGGCCAAAACUUUCUUCCAGCUUAUGACUUUUGAUUAUCUAGUUUAGCAAAUAUUGUUUGGCAAUGUCAGUUAAGGUCCCAGGGGAUCACCGCUAUCAUCACAAGAUGCAGCCUAGUUUCCAGUCACUGCCGGGCUGAACAAGGUUUGAAUUGAAAUCUUAGCUCUGGACGUACAGAGUUGAAGCACACUGGUGAGAGACAGUUUCGCCAGUCUUGCUGUACUUGUUGACAGAAACUUGCCUUCUUGUGGCUCUCAGCCCUGGACCUUACAUAAAGGCUGAUAUUGCAGCUAUUUGUCUGCAACACUCACUUGUUAUCAUAACCUUGGCUGUCUUGGUACAUAUUUGGGAGCUGGAUGAGUAGCCUGUAUCCAUUUUCAAUUUAUUUGUGUAAUUUCUUUCUUUCUCUGAUCACGCUGAACCUCAUCCCCCUCACGCUGUAUUCUCUGAAGAGCUGCUCUGUGGUCAGCAUCUUACUGCUGCUGUUUUCAUUUGAAUACCACAUGCCUGUAUUUCUCUCUCACAGUCAGUUCUGACGGGCCCUUGAGCCCAUUAUACUAGAUAUCAAGUGACAGAUGAUAGCACAUUGCAUUUUCAAGCCCCUGUUGAGCAUAAUUACUUGACAGGAACCAUCCUGAAUAAUUUAAUCGUAGUAUAAGUUAGCUUUAAUUUGGAUGCAUUACAAGCUCUGAAAACUAGCCAGUCCUAUUUUGUUUUCUGUGAAUUACUUUAACUCACUUUUGAUAACAUUUCAACUGAUUUAGCCUAAAUAAAUGAAGAUGAACUUUCUCUGAAGCACUGCAUUUUGGAAGAGAAAAAAAAACUUUGCUUGGAUUGUGAGAACAUUAAACAAAGCAGGCUUGUUCUGUUCAGUUUUCACAUUUCUCUGUUUGUAUAAAGCCCAAAGAAGGGAACAAGCUUUAGGACUAAACAUACUUCCCAACUUUCUCCUGGUUUAAGGUUGUUGGAAAGCAGGGCAUUUUGCUGAGGCUCGUCUCCAGUGCUAUGAGGAUGGGAUUUUCAGAAAUGCUCAGCAUUAUUCUAGCUCGGCUCUCAGUGCAGUUAAUGUUAAUUUUGAUGAGAGCAGAGUAAACCUCACCUUCUGGGCCAUGUGCUGUCAUGUUCUGCCCUCAGGUACCUACACUCACUGCCUUCGUUUCCACUGCUCCACCCCAAAUCAAAUGAGAGGGUGAGGACAGAAUUUGGCCCUGAGCAUGCCAGUUACCCACACUGGGCGAGACAGCACAGCCGACUUCCCAUUCCUUAUGGCAGAUGAUGCACAGUUCACUUUGGUGCUGCUUUGCAGUCCUCCUAAUCCUGAUAAGAAAGACAUGUGUCCUUAUGCUUCUCUGAACCGGUUAAUGUCUAAGGUGCCACCCUGCCCUGCCUUCUUUGCCUCUGGUCUUCUCUCUGUCUUGGUGGAUCCACAUGAGCAUGGCUGGGUGCAACAUCUUUGGGUCUUGAGGGCAGAUAAGCAGGGAAUGUGAGGAGACGCACCCAUUCAAAGCAGGCAGGGGAAGAGGAGCCAUGGCCCUGUGAGUAUGUGCUACCACAUCCCCUUGAAUGUUUUUUUUUUUUUUCCAUGGGCAAGGCUGGUAUGGUGCCAUCGUCUUUACCCUCCCAACAGUGGAUGUUGUGCAAGUGCCACAGGUCCGUUAGUGUAUGUAGUCUCUGCAGUACUCUGGGUAGCCCGUUUAAUCUCAUUUCCAUUUUGUUCCCAAUCCUUUCACUUUAACAGUGGUGGUAUCAAAAUCUGGCUCCAGGUUCUUCUGCCACACUCACCUUUCUUGUUCCCCUCCUGUUUCUCAGCUGCUAGCAUGGACCAACUUCAUGAUAUGCUGGGCAGCAAGAGACACAUUUUCAGCCUUGUUCUCUUUAGUACUUUCUCACUCACAAGUUUUCUUGUCCUUCUGGAUGUCUGUACUUCCUCCUGCUACUCUCCCUUACCCCUGCAUGCCUCCAUCUGUGCUUGUGUGUGACUUGUGCCAUAAAUGAUGCACUAAUCCUCCACAGAGUUGGGCUUAGAUGACCCUUGAGGUUCCUUCUGACCCUGUGAUUCUGUGAGUUUCUCGGAAGAAGUUUCACCAAGGCCUUCACUGUGUCUGGAUGGAAAUACCCAUCUUCUAAGUCACUGUACCUCCUGUGAGAACAGAAAGGAAAACGCUUCCAAAUGUAUUCUGCAGGAAAAGAUUGUCCGCAAAGAUUUGUUCAUCUUGUGUUCCCCAAGUCCCUUUCCUCCCAUUCAGUACCUGAAUUCAGGGUUGGUGGGUUGUCUAUGCAGAGAGGAUGGGUGUGUGGGUCUACUUGUGUGUGCGUGUGGGGAGGGGAGAUGGUCCCAUUUGUAAUAUGUAAAAAUCAAAGUAGAAAUGAGUGGAAAUAGUUUUUUUGUUUGUUUUUUGUUUGUUUUUCCUUUCCACCAUUUCAACCUUUCCCUCCAGAUAAGGGGCUUGUGACAUGAUGUUUGCACUUAGAUACAUGAGCACAGAGGAGGAAGAAUGGAACGAUGGCAUCUUAACUUGAAUAUUUUUUUAACUUUGUGCAGUAUCUGAAUGGCUCAAAUCAAUUUGUACAAAACAAGGAGGCCGUGGGUUCCCUGAACCCCACACAGUAAUAGACACAGUGGCAUGCCUGCUUGCUUGAUUGGAAGAGAAAAAAAUGCAAUUAGACACACCAUUGCUUUGUGAUGAAGGGUAAAUAACUCUGUCCAAUCUCAGCCGUGAAUGGAAUCUCAGCUUUUCUGAUGCCAUCUUCAUGCCAAAUUGCAUCAUACUUUGCAAGUUGUUAAACAGCUUUGUGUUUUUUCAACCUCCCCAUGUCCUGCUGGUGGGAUGGAGCUGGUGUGAUUACAGUUACCUGUUAGGACUUUCUCUUCCCCAUCUUUCAUAAGUUGAAUGGUUUGCAGUGUUUGGGAAUAAUGAAGUUCCUUACGGCCCUAUUGACUGAUGGCUUCUGUUUAGCGAUACAACAGGUACAGCAUAGGCAGCAGGAGAAGGACUUCCCCUGUUAUUGCUCCUACCAGUGAGCCUCAGUCUGCAACAGAGAAGUUGCUUGUGGUAACAGGGAGUGAUGCUUAGUCUCUGUGCCCAUUCAUUUCUUAGUCUUUCUCCUGACUGCCAAUAGAAAUGCCAAGUGUGCUCUCAAUCCACUGGACAAGUGGGCUGACAUCACCCUCUACAGCAUGAGCCAAAGAUUCUUUUAAGGACUUGCUUUAAGCGGCUUUUGAUAUGAGCUGGCUUCAUACUGGUGGCCCUGGAAGUGGGCAAGGGUGUUUACAUGCGUGUAGCUGAGCACAUAGUAAUCCUCAGAUAUCAUGAAUAAUAACAAGAGCGAGAACUCUUCCCUGUGGAAUCUUUCUGAAUCUCGCUUAGUGUAUGUUGAAUCCAUGUGACAAAUGUUAACUGCACACACAGUUGUAUAUUCAGACAAAGGGGCUACCAACAGGAGGUUUAUGAGUGGUAUUUAAACGCACUGCUUUGUUUUCUCUGCAGGAGGCAGUUGUUACGUCCCCAGUUCAUGUGAGUGAAACCAGCUUGUUGCCCCAUAAAUGGUCCUCUCACAUGAAGAAACAUAACAGAAGGAGAGAGGCAUGGUAUCUCUAAUGUCUUUGUUAUUAUUUGCGAAGAGGGAGGUGUGCUACAUUUCAGACUGUCAUUAGCUGCCCCAUAAAGCGUGUAGAGGAGAAAAAUUAUACUACAGUAACCUUCAAUGCCCCUGCUAGGUGGGAGUUUGUAUUGACAGCACAGGAAAGAAAGUGCCCAUUCCUCCCUUCCGUCUCAUCAUGCUAUUCAGAUGCAUCCUCAUUUCUCAUUCCCAGAGAGCAGACUCAGAAAUACAGGUCUGUGAUCUGUCCCCAUUUUGUUCAUGCUAAAAAGUUUUAUUUUUAAAUAUAAUUUUAAUUUUAGAAUUAAAUAUGCUGAGGGGAGCAAAAGUGGGAGAGACCAGGCUUCACCCAGACUGUGGGGAGUGCAUCAGGAGGUAUUUUACAAGUUCGUGGCAGGGCUGAUAGAAGGCCCCACUUCAAAGGGAAGAGGAUGCAUGUUUGUUAUCAAUAUUUCAAGGACCCUUCCACUCAACUAGUGAUUCAGACAGAGACUGGCUGGAGGGAGAACAGAUUUAUUCUUCAGUUAGUUCUGGUGUCUGUCUAAAGCUUGUACCCUAAGGCAGUACACUAGAAGCAAAUGUCAGACCCUUGGCCAAGAAAGUCAAGUUUCCUAUAGCAUGUUCUGGGAUGAAGGAUGAGGAAUUCCUGGAUGGGCAUAUUCUCUCUUUUUUUUUUUUUUUUUGGGGGGGGUCAAGACACCUUUCUGUAGAUCCUGUCUCAUCCCAAAAUGUAUUUCAGAGGGUAGUCGUUCAGUUGUCAAACACGGUCCCAGGUUAGCAUCUAGAUUCAAUAGAAAAAGUGUCCUGAAAUUACAGUUUUGUAUAGCACCUGCAUGGUUUUGAUAUACCAUAGCUGGAUAACAACCAAUUUGCCUAAGAUACUUGUGAGGCUGUGGAUCUUGCAUGUGGAGAGGGAGAGGUAUUAGAAUCACCAAAAUCUCUUUGCAGGAGGGCUACUUGCUCUGAGCUUGCCAGCAGUCAGCAGGUCAGUGUCCACCAGGUUGGGAAAACUGUUAAAUAUGUGGUAGCUCUGUAAGAAAGCCCAAAGAUCUCAUGACCCCUCUGCUACUUAGAGGAAUCUUGGGCAGGAGUGAUCCAAAAUAAGAAACGUUUUGAUCAACCAACAGGCAGUACUGAUCUACAGGCCUGGAAAGGAUGACGCUAGCCUUCACGUUGCUCUUGCAUGUAAUAGUUAUAGAUUAGCUUGGAAGUUGCAGCAGUGCAUGUGGUUUCCUUGCUGAAUGGUAAGGAAGUGGGCAUAAGGCCUGAAAUGUGGGUCUGAUGAGCUUUUAUUUUUUCCCCAUCCUCCUCACUUGUCCACACCGCUUGUCUUCAAGAAGCUAAAAGAAAAAUGGUGGAAUUUUCACUCUCCUCAGGAAAGUGCACAAGUCUGAAGGACAGGCCCAGAUGGGUCCAGGCAGCAGAAGAAAAGAAAUGUCCUUGAGGCCUGCAGAAGAAAGCCACAGUGGCCAAAAUACAGUACAGAGAAAUUCCUCCUUCUGUCUGCGGUAAUAGUUUCCUCCAUUCAUGUGCAUGCCUUCUAUGUUGGUCUGAGGAUUCAGACUCAUUCAUUGGUCUCUCCUUCCCCACCUGCCAGAUAUAAAAGAAAUAAAGAUGGAAUUUGGACCAGUGCAUAUGGC